AUGAAGAUGCAACAACUUUCCAACGAACAAGCCCACAAACUUUCCAACUACGAUACCCUCGCCGAGGUCGACGACUCCCAGCCCGCCAUCGUGACCUCCAUCCCAGAGGUCCCCAUAACAGAGGCCCGCAAGCCAUGGCAGCCCGAGGAUGAGGACCGCCUACCCCAUCCCGGCGUGGGCCGUGCCAACAUCGCCGCCACGUACGAUCGGCCCGAGGGCACAACCGACGGGGACUAUGCGAAGAAUCACAGUGAUCAGACGGUACUGCAGCAGCACCUUGAGUUCUUUGACAGGGACCGCGAUGGCAUCAUCUGGCCGCGCGACACCUUUGUCGGCUUCUACCGGCUAGGCUUCGGCGCCGUGCUGUCGUUCCUGUCCGUGUUCGUCAUCCACAGCAACUUCUCGUACGCGACGGGCGACUCGUGGAUCCCGGACCCCAUGUUCCGCAUCUACCUGUCCAAGAUCCACAAGGACAAGCACGGCAGCGCCUCGGGUGCCUACGACGCAGAGGGUCGGUUCGUGCCGCAGAGGUUCGAGGAUCUGUUUGCCAAGCACGCCCAGGGUCGCGAUUACAUGACCGCCCGGGAUGUGGUGAACCUGCUCAAGGGACAGAGGAUGAUUGCAGAUCCGGUUGGUUGGUUCCAUGCGUUUAUAGAGUGGUCGGCUACUUAUUACAUGCUGUGGCCCAAAGACGGCCGCAUGAAGAAGGAGGAUGUCAGAGGUGUUUUUGAUGGCAGCAUAUUCUACACCAUUGCAGCCAGACGGGAGGAGAAGAAGAUUGGUGAGGCAAAGCGACGAUAA